UGGACUCUCCUGAGGGAGUCACUUGAAGUAUGCAGUCCUGACCACAUCACAGCCGCACCGCAUACCAAUACCAGGCUUUUUUUCAGGUCAUCAGAUUUCGUCCCAUAGCCCUUUGUCCUUACUAUCCCCCGACGGUUCUGCGGCUAUAUAUAGGGCGUUCUUAAACACCAGAUUUUUCUUCUACAAACGAGAAAGGGAAAAGCGGGUGUAAACUCUCUGAAUUCUUGAUAACUAGCGCAACCUUCUCAAUCUAAUAGUCGUCUCACCGUAGAGGGAGAGAGAGACAGAGAUAGAGAAAUGGCUGCAACAGGAGAUGCUCAAUCAGCUAAUAAAUCAAUGAAGAGAAGUUCUUCAGUGACGAGAGAAGCAGGGGAUCAACUAAUAAUUACCCCAUUGGGUGCUGGUAAUGAAGUUGGUCGUUCUUGUGUUUACAUGUCUUACAAAGGAAAAACUGUUCUGUUUGAUUGUGGAAUUCAUCCAGCUUAUUCAGGAAUGGCUGCUUUGCCUUACUUUGAUGAGAUCGAUCCUUCAACCAUUGAUGUUCUUCUUGUUACCCACUUUCACUUGGAUCAUGCGGCGUCACUUCCAUAUUUUCUAGAGAAGACCACCUUCAAAGGACGCGUUUAUAUGACUCAUGCAACAAAGGCUAUCUACAAGUUGCUUUUAUCAGAUUAUGUGAAAGUUAGCAAGGUUUCAGUUGAAGAUAUGUUGUUUGAUGAACAAGACAUUAUCAAGUCCAUGGACAAAAUAGAGGUUAUUGACUUCCACCAAACUCUAGAAGUGAAUGGAAUUCGCUUCUGGUGCUACACUGCUGGGCAUGUCCUUGGUGCUGCCAUGUUCAUGGUUGACAUUGCUGGAGUUCGGGUACUCUACACAGGGGACUACUCACGCGAGGAAGAUCGCCACCUUCGUGCUGCCGAAACUCCUACAUUCUCUCCUGAUAUCUGCAUUAUUGAGUCAACCUACGGUGUCCAGCUCCAUCAGUCACGGAUUGUACGGGAAAAACGAUUCACUGAAGUAAUUCACUCAACGAUCGCCCAGGGUGGCCGUGUCCUCAUACCAGCAUUUGCCCUCGGUCGUGCACAGGAACUGCUUCUUAUUCUUGAUGAGUACUGGUCGAAUCACCCUGAACUCCACAAUAUUCCAAUAUACUAUGCAUCCCCUCUUGCCAAGAGAUGCAUGGCUGUGUACCAAACCUACAUCAACUCUAUGAAUGACAGGAUCAGGACUCAGUUUGCUAACUCAAACCCCUUCGACUUCAAGCACAUAUCGCCAUUAAAGAGUAUUGAGAAUUUUCAAGAUGUGGGACCAUCAGUGGUGAUGGCAAGUCCUGGGGGUCUACAGAGUGGUUUAUCGAGACAGUUAUUUGAUCUGUGGUGCUCUGACAAGAAGAAUUCUUGUGUCAUACCUGGGUAUGUAGUCGAAGGGACCCUUGCAAAGACCAUAAUCAACGAGCCCAAGGAGGUCACCCUCAUGAAUGGUCUCACUGCGCCGCUCAACAUGCAAGUGCAUUACAUUUCUUUCUCAGCCCAUGCUGAUUUUGCACAAACAAGUACGUUCCUGAAGGAGUUGAUGCCCCCUAAUAUUAUUCUUGUCCAUGGAGAAGCAAACGAGAUGGGUAGGCUCAAACAAAAGCUCAUCACACAAUUUGCUGAUAAAAACACUAAAAUCAUAUCUCCAAAGAAUUGCCAGUCUGUUGAAAUGUACUUCAACUCUGAGAAAAUGGCCAAGACAAUCGGAAAACUAGCUGAGAAAACCCCAGAACCAGGCGAAACAGUUAGUGGCCUGCUAGUAAAGAAAGGGUUUACUUAUCAGAUAAUGGCUCCAGAUGAUCUUCAUGUAUUCUCACAGUUAUCCACAGCAAAUAUCAUUCAGAGGAUUUCAGUCCCUUACACUGGUGCCUUCGGUGUGAUAAAGCAUAGGCUGAAGCAGAUCUAUGAGAGUGUUGAAUCACCACCAGAUGAAGAGUCCGAGGUCCCUAGUUUGCUAGUGCAUGAAAGGGUUACGGUGAAGCAGGAAACAGAGAAGCAUGUUUCUGUGCAGUGGACGUCAGAUCCAAUCAGUGAUAUGGUCUCAGAUUCGAUUGUUGCUCUGGUUUUGAACAUAAGUAGAGAAAUGCCGAAAGUUACAACAGUGGCUGAAACGGCUAAAACAGAGGAAGAAACAGGGAAAACAACAGAAAAGGUGAUUCACUCUCUGUUGGUAUCACUAUUUGGCAAUGUCAAGAUUGGCGAGCAGGGGAAAUUGGUAAUUACGGUCGAUGGGAAUGUGGCCCAUCUUGGUAUGACAACUGGGGAUGUUGAAUGUGAAAAUGAAAGUCUUAAAGAGAGGGUUAAGACAGCUUUCCGGCGGAUCCAUAGUGCCAUGAGACCCAUCCCACUCUCUGCAUCUCAGACUGCAGUUUCUCUAUAGCAUCCGCAGCUCUGGAUUGCGGUUUCCGGUUCGUAGUUCCUAACUGGCUCUGUAGAUUAUAAUUCUGAUCAUCAAAUUGAGGUGCGACUUACCUUUUGUAUUAUGCAGAACCUUUCAGUGUGUCUGUGUAUUUAACUUUAAGUGCCUCGGAUGCACUGUGAAGGAAAUUCAUCUCUUGUGCUUUCAUUACCCACAUCUGUUUAAGUAGACAUCCUUGGGUUAUUAUUAUUGUUAAGAGUCCAGGGUUUCGGUAUCACUGGUAAAUGUGUUUCCUGGUUAGGGAUAAAACAUUACCUUGUUCUGAAUGGUGGAAUUUGUUUAAUUUAGUUUGUUCUUAUAUUUGUCCAGAAUUAUAACACAUUUGGCCUGUAACGCCGAACUGGUAGCUCUUUAAAAGAUUUCUUAUAUUUGUCCAGAA